CGCCUGUGGGUGACGCUUUAGAGCCCGGAGUCUGCCUAAUAAGACCGUUCUAGGUAAGUGAUGGCCUAAAGUAGCGAGCCUGGAGAGCUUUAUUGCUGCCUGGAGAGCCCUAAGCCACAUCAACACUGUGAAGCCUGAGAGUGGUGAGCCUGACCGCAUGCGGCAGACUGUCUCGCAUUGGCCUUUAUUGCAACAACGUCAACAACAGACAUUUGCUAUGUGAAAGACGACGGCUGUUCGCAUCACUAAUUUUCCCCAUCACUUACCGUUUGACUGUGAUGUCCGUUGAAGCAAUGUGAGUACUCGUCCUUACCGUGUCACGGUAAGGUAUUUACCUGGUGAGGCUUGUCCCGGUUGGAGCGACUCGACCCAAGCAUGACACAAUCGUUACACCCGCCUCUGUUGGUCUUUUCCAUUUUUUUGUCCCACCCGACUCCGCCCAUUGGAUCGUCUUGGACGUUCCUAUCCGUCCGAGUACGAGUACGGAAUAUCGAACGAGAAACCCUCCUGCUUGGUGACCCAGAACACUGAUACGAGAAGUCGAUGAGAUUGACUUGCACGCCGGACCUCGAGUAAGAAUGACUCCAUGACAAGUUGACUACAGAAAUCACAUUUCCUCAUCAACACAUGCGCACGGCUGCUGUUACUGCUGCUACUGUAAACAAUGGCGGCACCAAAACAGUCCCGUAUAGACUUGUCUCUCUAUCUGGUCACAGAUUCUACUCCUGCCAUUCUCGGUGACAAGGACAUUGUUCACGUAGUUGAACAGGCUCUUCAAGGCGGAACUACACUGGUCCAAUAUCGAGACAAACAUGCAGACACCGGGGUGAUGAUCGAAACCGCCAACAGACUCCAUGCAGUUACCCGACAAUACGGUGUUCCUUUACUUAUUAACGACCGACUCGACGUCUGUCAAGCCGUGGGAGCCGAAGGCGUCCACAUCGGGCAGGAUGACAUGAGUUGCACCUCUGCCAGAGCCAUCCUCGGACCGUCCGCCAUCAUAGGAGUUACGGCAUCUUCGAUACAAGAGGCCCAGAAAGCCAUCGCAGACGGAGCUGACUACCUUGGUAUUGGAACGACGUUUGCCACCCCGACCAAAACAGACACGAAAUCCAUCAUCGGCACCCGCGGUCUCCAGGAGAUCCUAGCAGCCUGCGACACAGGUACAGAAAAGUCCAUACCGUGCGUGGCCAUCGGCAGCAUCAAUGCAAGUAACGUCCAAAGAGUCCUCCACCAAUCUGCAGACGGCUCGAACCGUCUCAACGGCGUCGCGGUGGUCAGCGCCAUUGUCGCCGCUCCAAACCCAAAAGCUUCUUCCCAACAGCUCUCCGACCUCAUAAGGACAACCCCCGAGACAUACUACGCCGCCGUCCCACCGAGCAAACUUUCAUCACGGACCACAAACGUCCCAGGCUUGCUCUCGCAAGUCCCCUCGAUCAUCAAGACGCACUUCACGUCCUCGGUGCUAUGCCACAACAUGACCAACACGGUCGUUCAGAACUUUGUGGCCAACGUGUGUCUCGCGACCGGCGCGUCGCCCAUCAUGUCCGAGAUAGCCGUCGAAGCCCCCGACCUCGCGAAACUAGGCGGCUCGCUCAUCGUCAACAUGGGCACAGCGACUCCCGAAAAGGUCAACAGCUUCAUCGCGGGGAUGAGGGCCUACAACGCAGUCGGCGGCCCCGUCCUCUUGGAUCCCGUAGGAGGCGGCGCAACCUCCCACAGACGCGAGACCGUCAAGAAACUCCUGACGGCCGGCUUCUUCAGCGUCAUCAAGGGCAACGAAGGCGAAAUCGGGGCCGUGGCGGGUACGUCUGACGUCCAGCAGCGCGGCGUGGAUUCCGGCCCGUCCACCGCCACGGCCUCCGACAAGGGGAAGUUGGUUCAACGCCUGGCCCGGCGCGAGCACUGCGUCGUCCUCAUGACGGGAAAGACGGACUACCUGUCCGACGGCUCGCGGACGGUCGCCAUAUCGAACGGCUCGCAUUACCUGGGCAGCAUCACGGGCUCCGGGUGUGCCUUGGGCGCCAUCGUGGCAGGUUACCUCGCCGUGUACCGCGGGGACAAAUUCCUGGCUGCCCUGGCGGGGAUCCUACACUACGAGAUUGCCGCAGAAAUGGCAGAGGCGAGGGGCGACUGUAAAGGCCCAGGAAGUUUCAUUCCUGCUUUUCUAGACGAGUUGCAUCGCCUCGGUCGGUCCGUCUCCGAGGGCGACAGCAGUGUCAGUGUCGAGUCGUUGGCAAGAGUAAAAUUGCUAUCCGUACAAGCCGAUUGACAUUCGUCAGACAAGACCAAUGCAUAUCAAGAGAAGACAUUAAGAUGUUUUUUGAGCGAUAUAUAUAUACAGAUAUUUGACAACUACACAACUUCCGAAAAGAAGAUAUCUAAUCAUUGUUUGUCCACUGUUGG